GUUUUAUUACACCCACAUGGCCACAGGCAUUUUACAUGUUCCGGACGCCCGUUCCCAGUAUCUCCUCAAGGCUCGAUACAAGUUGUUUUCUGCUUCAGGGGAUUUGUUUUCGUGCCAAGUCAGAUGAGCGCAUUUUUGAAACGGAGUUAGAAAAAUUGAAUGGUCGUGGAUUGACGAUUGUGAACUACUUAGUCUUUUGAAUACUAACAUAUGCACAUACCUACCCCGAUUUGGCAAUGCCAACUAGAAAGAUGAAUAACGUACGACCUCAUCUAUUUCUUGGGGCUGCCAGUGAUGCUCUGGAUGAGGACCAAAUUGUUGACAAUGGUAUCACUCACAUCUUAUCUCUGCUAUCUGAACCUCUGCCACCACUGGACUGUCAUGGAAAGGUCAAGUUCGUCCCAAUUUUGGAUUGUGACACCGCAGACCUUCUUGCUGUCCUAGAGGAUUGCUUAGAGUUUGUGUCCUCGGCUGUAAAGAGUGGAGGCAACGUCCUUGUUCACUGUAUUGCUGGAGUUUCACGAAGCUCAAGCGUUGUAAUCGCCUACCUGAUGCGAACAGAGAAGCUCAACUUUUAUCAGGCAUACAAGGAGGUGCAGAAGAAGCGGCCUAUCAUUUCCCCCAAUGAUGGAUUUGCAGAGCAGCUGCGGCUAUUCGAGAUGACGAAUUGUAAAGUGAAUCUCUCUCAUCCUAUGUACAAGCUGAUGAAAAUGAAGAUUGCGAUUGCGAACUCAGAAACAGGUGAAUUUGACCGAAGUAAGAUGUCUAUGGGAUGGCUUUCGAGCAGCAAUGUUGCAGGGCCCGAGGACGUUGUCUAUCGAUGUCGCAAGUGCCGAUCGCUUCUCUUUUCAUCCGAGCAUGUUGUCACUCAUCCAGUCGGUGACUCCCCACUCCUGUAUGACGGUUCAAGUAGGGUGGAUGGGAAGGAUCCCAAAGAGGUAGCAGCAGCCCAGGCCGAAGCUUGUAAACUGACGCUUCACACCAUGCCGCUGGACUGGAUGGAGAAAACACUGGAGGCGGGCGAGCAAGAAGGAAAGCUAUCUUGUCCCAAAUGCAACUCUCGCCUUGGCACUUACAAGUGGUCAGGUGCACGCUGCGGAUGCAGAUUCUGGGUGGUUCCAUUCUUCUCGUUUCCACGCCGUCGUGUGGAUGAGUGUGCUCCCAUUGGACAAGUGAUGGCCACUGCCCGCCAUUCCGUGCCACCCCAGCGAGCCGCAGCAGCGCCCAGUGCACAUGGCGGUGGGGACGGUGCACCUGCUGCUGCCCCCGCUGCCGGUGGUGAUGAUGAUGAUGCUAGUGCUGCAGCUGUCGACUCGGCUAGUUCUAGCGUGCCGACUGGUCGUGUUGAUGAUGAACCAAACAGAGAUUAGUCAUCUCAAUUCCACUCCUUGUUGUUCUGAGUCUUCUCCGCAGUGUAGAGAAGACAACGUAAGGAUUUGCACUGGCUUCGAUUGAAACUAUCCAGUAUAAUGUCUCUAUCGCAAGUAAGAACUCAGUUUAGAGAACACUGUAGUCACUGUCAAUGUGAGCUGGCUCACUUGCAUUGCUUGCUUACACUGUGCGGCCCGAUGGUGGUCAGGGUUGGCACAGCUCCCUCUAUUUACUUCAAGCACUACAGCUGGCAGUGUAGGGCAGCAUGGAGUCUGCUUGGGCACACUCUUGCCCCGGCGACAGCUACCCUAGACUUUAGCAUGCUCAGCCAGCAUCACCUCCUCACCUUGAAGAGUUGAGACAUAUUUUAUCGUGGCGUUGCUCUCCGAUGGUGAUGUCCGUUUCAAGGAAGCGAACUGUGCCUAUGCAGCCCAGUAUAUGGUUGAUCUGUGUGCCAUAGUGUUCGUAGAUUGCCUCCAGAUGAUGGCUAGAUCCAUUGAAGUAUUGAAAACAAACCCUGAUUUCAUACCUUUUAAAACUGCAGACGUUUGAGAGUUCGGUACCAAAAGUAGAAUCAUGAAACGAGAGAUGUCUGAACUCUCUUUCCAUUGGAGACGCUGUCUUGAAAUAUCACACUCCGUGGAUUUUAUAGUCUCAAUAGAUAGCACGAAACACGUGCCAGUCCGUUCAAGUUUUGUUUGUUGUUGUCUUAGGUCAGAUGUGUUUUUACUUCUUUUUUUAACUCGUUUGUUCAUUUUUACUUUCCGGAAUGACACGGCUUGCCGUUCUCCGUGAAAACAGGUGUCAUCGAGCAAGACUUGAGUGUCUCUUCCGUGCAUCAGGAAAACCAGCCCCAUUCCACACCUUUCUCCCGCGUGUAUUUGGUCAUGUCCGUUCAUGUUUCUUUUGCGAGGGAUGACAGCUGUACUGAUUUCUCUGGGUUUGAUUUCUAGUUCCGGUAUUGCCUCGCUGCAGGCAGGCACUUGUACUCGUUUGUUUGUCGAGAUUUAUUUUCUUGUGUCAGUGAGUCUAGAAUCAUAGUAGAAUGUGAUGUCUUGUGAGUGGUUACUCAUGGAAAUGUUGCUUUUUAGAACAUGCCUA